GAAGAACAAUGCAGCGCCCAGCCCGCAGAGCCUUGCGGUGCCGCGCCCUGGGGCGGACCUGCCUGUGGCCUGCCGGGAAAUGUAGUGUCUGAAGCCCCGCCCGCGCCGCCCCGCCAGUCGCCGGCCGGGCGCCCAGUGCAACUACAAGUUCCAUCACGCUCCGCGAGGCCUUGAUCGCCAGGCUUUUGCAGGGAAGGGAGUGGGAAGAACAUGGCUGAAGGCAGUCAGGGUGGCCCAGCGUGUAACCUGGUGGGUGGCCGGCAGGACCCAGUUUCCGGCACUGACGGCUGCAACUUUCCAGAGUAUGAGCUUCCCGAGCUAAGUACGCGCGCUUUCCAUGUGGGUGCCUUUGGGGAGCUGUGGCGGGGCCGUCUGCGUGGUGCCGGGGACUUGUCGCUAAAGGAGCCGCCGGCAUCCGUGCUGCCAGCGAGUCAGGGGAGCGCUGACGCCGACCGGGAGGAUGCCGCGGUGGCCCGGGAUCUGAACUGCAGUUUGGAGGCGGCGGCUGAGCUGAGGACGGUGUGCGGCUUGGAUAAACUGAAAUGCCUUGAGGACGGUGAGGAUCCAGAAGUCAUUCCAGAGAAUACUGACCUGGUGACUUUGGGAGUUAGAAAAAGGUUCUUGGAACAUCGGGAAGAAACCAUUACAAUAGAUCGAGCCUGCAGACAAGAAACAUUUGUUUAUGAGAUGGAGUCACAUGCCAUAGGAAAAAAGCCUGAAAAUCUAGCAGACAUGAUAGAAAAAGGGGAGCUUAUCCUAUCUGUGAAUAUCUUGUACCCUGUUAUAUUUCAUAAGCACAAAGAACACAAACCAUACCAAACAAUGCUGGUAUUGGGCAGUCAAAAGCUCACAGAACUGAGGGAUUCAAUUUGCUGUGUCAGUGACCUCCAGAUUGGUGGUGAAUUCAGCAACACUCCUGACCAAGCCCCUGAGCACAUCAGCAAAGACCUAUACAAAUCAGCCUUUUUUUAUUUUGAAGGAACAUUUUAUAAUGAUAAAAGAUACCCAGAAUGCAGAGAUUUGAGCAGAACUAUCAUUGAGUGGUCAGAGUCCCAUGAUAGAGGCUAUGGAAAGUUUCAGACUGCCAGAAUGGAAGAUUUUACCUUCAAUGACUUAAGUAUUAAGCUGGGUUUUCCUUACUUAUACUGUCAUCAGGGAGACUGUGAACAUGUCAUUGUCAUUACUGACAUAAGGCUUGUGCAUCAUGAUGACUGCUUGGAUAGGACACUGUAUCCCCUUCUUAUCAAGAAGCACUGGCUAUGGACCAGAAAAUGUUUUGUUUGUAAAAUGUAUACAGCUAGAUGGGUGACGAACAAUGACAGUUUUGCACCAGAGGACCCAUGUUUCUUUUGUGAUGUUUGCUUCCGAAUGCUCCACUAUGAUUCAGAAGGCAACAAACUGGGGGAAUUCCUUGCUUAUCCAUAUGUUGAUCCUGGAACCUUUAAUUAAUAGAUACACACACAAAAGUACCCCCUCAUGAAGUAAUGUUCUCUUGGAUAGUUACCUUAUUUUUAAGAAACGCCACUGAGGAACAGGAUCAACUUUGAACAGUCUGUUAAAGCUACCAAAAAAAAAAAAAAAAAAUGUUCAAAUCACAGAUAUUCUGAUUGUAUUUAAAUGUUAAUAACAUAUUAAUUUCAUAUUUAUUCCAAAGUGUAUUUUUUAAUUUAGUGCUUUUUACCCAUUUUGAGUUAAGUUGUAUUACUUUAUGUAGUUUGGCUAUAAAUCCUUUGUCAGUCACACAUAUUCUUUCCACUUAAUCCAUGCCUUCCCUAUUCAUCUCUGUCCAGUGUUUUUGCUAAAGAUAGAAUAAUGAUACAUCAAGUAGUAGAAGUGUUUUGAAAAUUCUUUGAAGAAUGUGAGAGCUACACCCUCUACCAUGAGGCUUCCAAGGUUAUAUUUAAAUUUGACUAUCUGGAUGGCUAAGAACAGACAUUUAUCAUAUAAAUGGAAAACUGAUGAAACCUAUAAGCCUAUAUGUUUAAAAGAUUGACAGUGAAGUAUGUUUUAUGGACUUAAAUGCCACAUAUCCAGUUAAGUCCAUGGCUUGGAGAUGACAAGCACUUGUUUCUGGUAUGUCUAGUGCUAUCAUUCAUUGAUUCAGUCCAUACACAGAUCAGUAUAGAGAACUCAGAGGCUGAGUUGUACCUAAGUUUUUACUUUCUUGUAUACAACAGUGCUAAAUUGAGCAGAUCGGUAACUGCCGGCAAAUCAUAAAGAUAAAUGAAUGAUUUACCCAACCCUAAAAUUCCACAGGUAAAAGUUUUGAUUCCUUUUCAAUACUGCAUUCCUUAUAGCUCUUACAUGAAUAUGCAAGGACAUUUUAUUCAUCUUCAUUUCAUACUCUCAAAACACCAAACCCACAAAGUUAAUUAUUGCCAUAAUGCAUUAUUCCAUGUGUAGUGUCAAUUCAUUUUAGUGGACAAAGAAGAAAUAUGCCAGUUAAAACAUUUCUACUACUGGAUUCUUGUUUUAUUAUUUGAGAAUGUUAGUCUACUAGUUCUUAAUAAGGGCUAACUUGUUCAUCAAAGACCUAUUAUCGUUUCUAGUGAAACUGAGGUGAAAAGUUAACCAACCAGGUUACUCUCAGUUUGCCCAUAUGUUAUUAUCUAUCAGUUAUACAGGUAUCCCACCAAGUUCAAGUCCAAGGAAAUCCCUAACUUUGUAUAUUUCUGGAGCUAUGAAACCCUGAUUUAAGACAGCUUUUCUUUUUUUCAAGACAGCUUUUCUUUAUACUUAUUUCAAUCAAAUAUAACAUGCCUGUCAAAUUACAUGUAACAUCAAUGAAGAUAGACAGGUUGAAAAUGUUGUCAUGAACAUGUCAGUCAACCUCCUUGGUGGUUGAAUUUGACUUUUAUAUAAUAGUGGAUGCAUGUGGACAAAGUAUGUGAGAGAAGCAAAAGCUCUUUCUUUAAACAAACAUUUCAGUCCUCAGUCUGCCUAUUAUACCAGCUUCUUUGUUUCUAAAGAGUUUAAUGAUACGGGUUUGCUAUUUCCAUUAGAGCACAAAAUAAAGUUAGCACCCUGCUAACUUUGCUUUUAUACAGGAUUAGAGGCAGACUUCAUCUUAACCUGACAUCCGUAACCAGGUAAGUGUAUGUGAGUAGGAAAACAGACAGCAGUACUGUAUCAGCAAAAUCUAGCAUCAUAUUAUUGAAAAUCAUUGAAUAUAAUAGUAAUUAUAAAGUGUAUUGUCCUCUCCAAUCAUACCAAGUCCAAUAAGUUCUUGGAUUCAGAUGGAUGUAUCUGCUGUUUCUCCAAACAGCUAAGAAAACUUCAACAAUCAGUUCUGCUCAGUCAUGUAUGAUUUUUUUUUUUUUUUUUUUUUGAGAUGGAGUCUUGCUUUUUGCCCAGGCUGUCCAGUGGCGCAACCUCUGCCUCCCAGGUUCUAGCGAUUCUCCUGUCUCAGCCUCCCAAGUAGCUGGGAUUAUGGGCACAUGCCACCAUGGCCAGGUGAGAAGAAAACAUCAGAAGCAGCUGAGCAACUAGGAAGUGGGUCCUCUAGGGAUGAGGAGGCAUUGUGAUGGAUGGUUUUCUAAAAAUGUUUCUCCAGAGUCAUCUGCCUCAUGAUCAAUGGUUUUUGCCUCAGAUGUCUCUUUUUCAUAUAAACUGACAUGAUUCUUUUGUUUUGAAUGCACAUUGCUUUAGUACUUAAUAAGCCCAUCACAUUUUCACCAUUUUGCCUAUACAUGCUUUUUCUGUGGUGUUAACAAUGAGACUAUGUAUCAAAGCAAUUUUUAAAAGCAGUGGCAAAUGGUUUAAAAACUGGUAUAAAAUUGUCAGCUUUUUAUCACA